GUUCCGGGUUUCUAGCUCUUCAGAAAAGGUAACUCUCGGUCAUUUCUGGUAGAGACACGACUGACCCGGUUUUCUUCUCCUCUGAAGGUGCAACAUCGUAGGGAGAGUGGACCAAACAUUUUCAUACUACAAUUGUGGGACAAAAGUGUUUACUCUAGAGGGCAUUUCUCUUUCUGAGGCUUCCAGUCCAACACAUUAAAAUAAUUUCUGGGACCAGCACACUUUUCACAACCAGCCUGACCACGGCUGCUCCAUAGACCCCUUCCACACGCACUUUCCCAGAGACCAGUAUGGGUCUCCAGGCAGACUCCACCCUUCAAACUGUCCUCCUUUUUCCAGUCCACUUUCUGAUAUGGCUGUACUCCAUCGUGUCCUUUCUUCCCUGGUACUACAUCACCAGUGCUGGAGAAAAAAAAGCUCUGUCGAAGAGGGUGAAAGCCCGCUCCACUUCAGGCUGUGCCGAGGGACCGUACCGCUCCGUGGAUCAAUUUGAGUCCUUGGCCAGGGAGGACUUCCCCGGCAAGGACACGCUUGAUAAGCUGAUGUAUCACGCUGUGCAGCGCUUUGGAACAGAGCACUGCCUCGGCACCAGAGACCUUCUGAGUGAAGAGAAUGAGAUUCAACCCAGCGGAAAAGUAUUUAAAAAGCUGAUCCUGGGGGAUUACAAAUGGCUCUCCUACAAUGAGGUGGACUCUAUAGUCAGUGAGUUUGGGAGCGGGCUGGCAGCCCUGGGGCAGCAGCCCAAAAGCAGUAUCGCAAUAUUUUGUGAAACAAGAGCCGAGUGGAUGAUCACCGCCCAGGCGUGCUUCAGGCGCAACUUCCCCUUGGUGACCUUCUAUUCCACACUGGGAGAGGAGGCAAUUGCUUUCGGUCUGAACGAGACCGAAGUUACACAUCUAGUUACCAGUUCAGAACUGCUCCAGACCAAACUGAAAAAUGUGCUUCCUCUGAUCCCAAAUCUGAAGCACGUGAUCUACGUGGACCAGAAGAAAGUGAGCACAGAAGGCUUCUCAGCAGGCCUGUCCAUCCACAGCAUGCAGGCCGUACGAGAGCUGGGCGCGCUGCCGGAGAACAUUGGGAGUGAGAUAGUGAAGCCCCAGCCCUCUGACCUGGCCGUGGUGAUGUACACCAGCGGCUCCACAGGCAGACCCAAAGGAGUGAUGAUCGUCCACAGCAACCUCAUCGCAGGCAUGACGGGCCAGUGUGAGCGCAUCCCUGGACUCGGGCCUAAAGACACUUAUAUCGCCUACCUGCCCCUGGCUCAUGUUCUGGAAAUGACCGCUGAAAUCUCCUGUGUCACAUACGGCUGUCGGAUCGGCUACUCCUCCCCACAGACGCUGUCCAACCAGUCCACGAAGAUAAAGAGAGGAAGUAAAGGAGACAGCUCGGUGCUCAAACCCACGCUGAUGGCAGCUGUGCCGGAAAUCAUGGAUCGCAUCAACAAGAAUGUGAUGAGCAAAGUGCAGGAAAUGAGUCUGAUCCAGAAGACGCUGUUUACUCUGGGCUACAGAUAUAAACUGGAGCAGAUCAAGAGGGGCUAUGACGCACCACUCUGCAAUGCCCUGCUGUUCCGCAAAGUGAAGCAACUUCUGGGAGGCCGGGUGAGGAUGAUGCUGUCCGGAGGCGCCCCCCUCUCCUCGGCCACGCAGAGGUUCAUGAACAUUUGUUUCUGUUGUCCAGUGGGUCAGGGCUACGGCCUCACCGAGACCUGUGGAGCAGGCACCAUCACAGAGGUUGCGGACAUCAGCACCGGUCGCGUUGGAGCUCCUGUUAUUUGCUGUGAGGUCAGACUCAGGGACUGGGCUGAGGGUGGCUACACCAAGGACGACAAGCCGAACCCUAGAGGGGAGAUCCUUAUCGGCGGCCCCAAUGUAACCAUGGGUUACUACAGGAACGAAAGCAACGAUCAGGACUUUUUCGCGGAUGAAAAGGGUCAGAGAUGGUUCUGUACCGGCGAUGUUGGAGAGGUUUACCCAGACGGCUGUCUACAGAUAGUGGAUCGCAAGAAGGACUUGGUCAAACUGCAGGCGGGCGAGUACGUGUCUCUGGGGAAGGUCGAGUCCGCUCUGAAGAACUGCUCCAUCAUAGAAAACAUCUGUGCUUACGCCAACAG